ACCCGAUCCCCGCUGGCGCAUCGAACGUUUCUCAUUAGAGUUCCCGCGUAAAAGUUUGCACUCUCAUCCAUUGCUAUUAAAAAAAGUAAAGUAGUUUCUCAGUGAAUCUAUGUUUAGUGGUGUGCAAGUUUCGUGAGUAAACAGCAGAAUGCGGUGGGUUACGCUGGCCGUUGUAUUCUUCAGCUUAGUAUGUUCAGCUUUCUCUGCCGACUCUAACGAAGAGCCGAGUUUGAGAAUCAAGGCGAGGUCAUCCAUGUACAAUGUUGGGGAGCAAAAAGGCAUUUACUGCGUUGGGACCAACGUUAAAGACCGAGUGGAGUGGAUCUCACCAUCGGGAGAGAUAGUCGGGGGCCGGUCUAAGAACAACAGGCUAUAUGUGGAGAGACGUGCCUCCGAGCCCCACUUGGCCACGCUGAUCAUCCACAGCACCAGACUGACUGACUCGGGCAACUGGACUUGCAAGGCUGGAGAACUUAGCGAGACCAUCGAAAUUGUUGUUGGAGAAAAAGUAGUAAUGGCAACUGACUUCGAAGAAGUUCAAGCUGACGAGGGGAAGUCAGUGAGGCUAACUUGCGAGGCUAAAGGAAACCCUCAGCCCACAGUCGCUUGGUACAAAGAAGGCGUUCCCAUAACAGAGGACUCAAAGUACAUAAUAAAGAAAAAGGAGAAUACCUACACUUUGGAAGUAAGACGGCUUACUCACGCGGACGCUGCUGAGUACAUGUGCAAAGUCACGCAAAAAGCACUUUCGCACUAUACACAGAAAAUUAUCAAGCUGGCUGUGCACCAUAAACCAAUUCCUUUUAACCCUGAGACUAAGGAAAUCUACGUGAUAGACGAAGGAGCCAAAUAUAGAACGGAAGAAGUUUUCGCAGUUUUAAAUGAAACGAAGAACAUUACGUGCAGCGCGUUGGCUAAUCCACCUCCAAAAUUUGAAUGGUCCAGAAAAAAAGGCAGUUUCGAUCAGAAAAUCCGCGAAGAGGACUCGAUCAGCACAUCUGAGGACUUGAUGAGUUCCACGCUAACUCUAAGGAUGCGUGACGAAACUGACCAAGGGCAGUACAAGUGUACUGCUCGCAACGAGAAAGGGACUAUAACAACUAUAUUCGAUGUCAGACCUGGAAAGAAGCCUGCUGCACCUGAUGGGAUCACACUCAUCAAUGCUAACGCAACAUACCUCACAUUCAACGUGUCGUGUAGCGAAAACUGUACCUUUGCUGAUGAGAACACCAAGGAUGUCGACCCUGAAAACCUUUCUAUUACUGGAUUCUCGUUCCUGCUGGUUCCUCAUCGGGAGGAAUAUCCUGCAGAUUGGGAUAGCGGUGAGGAAUUCAUCGUACGCAUUGAGGACCCUGAAGUGUCGUUGUUCGACGUGGGUCCUUUGCCUAACACGACAGUAUUUCACGUGCGCGUGCGCUCCAUCAACGCAGCAGGCUACUCUGAUUGGUUCGACAUGCCCGAAUUGCCCAGCACGACAGCUUCUGCCAUCCGAUUGGUCGCCACUAUACUCCUAUUGGCCGUCACUUUCAUUGCCACUAUGUGCUAUUAGAGAAUUCAUUCAAACGUGGGGAUUUUCGUUUUUAAGUAUUUUAAGUUAGUUAAGUUGGAACACAAAAGACAAAUAUAACAACACUUCUUAAUUUUUGAUCCGAAACUUUUGAAGCAUUUUUAAAAGUUCAUUUCAAUCAGUGAUGUGUCGUUCCCGAGAAUGCUCCCACUCUGGGAAAGUUUCCGGCAGUAAAAAGGCGCAUAAGUUAUAUAAAAAAAAGUUUACUACCUAACCUUUAAGUAGUUAAGACCAGAGUACAAGAAAUAACAAUUUGAGAAAGAAAAGCAGCCAGUAUCUUUACUAUUAAAGAGUUGUUAAGACGGGAACAUUCCCACUUUGGGAACUUUCCCGGGAACGGCACAGCACGGGUCCCAGUAGCCUAAAUUAAGAAGGUAGUAAAUAUUGAAAUAUUUCUUUAUUUGUACCAAACAUUCCAUUAUUAUAGCAAUGAUAUGCAGGUAGUGAGAAAUAGUGAGUCAAUUUAAUUAUUAUGAAUUUUUCGACGGGCGCUAUGUUGAUUAUGCUUUUAUAUAAAUUGCUUACUUUCUGUGAUGAAUAGACAAACAGCCUCUAGAUUGGUAUUAAAAUGUAUUCGAAGAAACAAUCGUAUUUACUUACUUAGGCGUGUUUUUGACAAUGACAUUUUGGUAAUUCAUUUCAUAGUUCAUUUUUCGGAUUUUUUUUCGAAAACUUAUCACAGUAUGGUAGGGGUGAAAAGUUAUAUACGUCACACGAGAGGAAAUUAGUUUUAUAUGUCGAGUUUUUAAAUCACUAACUACGAUCGUGACUCAAUUCUACACUACCUACUUCGCUAGUCACAAAAAACUUAAAUUUCCUCUCUUGUUGAACACAACAUAAACAGCCUAUAUACGUCCCACUGCUGGGCACAGGCCUCCCCUCAAUCAACCGGGGUACUUGUUGAACAAAUGACUACUAAUUUGACUAUGUAUAUCAUGUUUCUGCCUUAAACUGUAGAAUCUCAUAGACAGAAACGUAUAUCCCCAUGUAUGUCCCAUGUCAUUGCGAUUGUCAUUUAGAUAGGGAUUAUUUAAUUUUAGAAAAAAAAUUGUCGACGUGCUAAAGUGUUCAUUCACCAAUAAAAAGGGUCUCACUCAUUAUAAACUAGGGCCUUAGCCAAAUUACAAACGAUUAUGACAGUCGACAGUGAUAGUGAUAUAUAUGUAUGGGAUUGACAUGUCACCUUAUAAUAACUGCCCUCUCGGCAUAGCAACCCCGCCCCGCGCUGCGGGAAUUUUAUCGAGGGCUUCAACCAACAGCCGUACUACGUCUAGAUAGACGUAGUCUACGUAGAUAGUAUUCGCUGCGCCUAUUGGUCGAAGCGAUAUAAUUCGCACCGCGUGCGGCUCGGUUGGCAUGCAGACCCUGCUGCUGCUAAUCCCAUAUUUUUUAUCACUGUCGCUAUCGAUUGUCAUAAUUGUGUGCAUCUUGGCUAAAGCCCCGGACCUUGUUAGGGUGAAUGUAAAUUAUUGAAAUUAAUUAAAUUAAUGCAAAGAAAUUGAAUUGUUUGUGUUGCUGCUUGGCUAUUGUUAAAGUUUAUAAUAUUGCGUCCACGUUUUGACAUGUGCUUUUUAUAAGAAUUUAUUGUAAUUGUACAACCGUUAUUCCGUAAAUAUUUCAUAAACAACAUUAAAUAUUACUAACAAUUAGCGUGAUUUUAAAUUAAAGCGUAUUGGAAAUACGCGAGUUAAUUGUAAAUAAAGUGAAAAAACAGCUAUUAUUACCUACCUAUAGGUAGGAAUUUUUUUUUAUUCGUAACUGCAGUACAUUUUUGAAAUAUCAGACACAUACCUAUCAACAUAAUUGUAUUCGUAAGUAUAUAUUUGCUGUGUAAAUAUUAUUAGCUAUGAAAGGAUCUAGAGUAGGAGAUAGGGUAGGUGGCGCAGUAAUGGUCAUAAUUCGGAGUGAUUUGGAGUUGAAUAAAUAAUUUAAUUGUAUCUUCAAUUAUCUUCAAUUAAAUAUUAAUAUGUAUAUAUUCUACUUUGUCGUGGACAGUUAAAAAAAAUCAUGAAAUUAAUUUAUGUUAUGUGUUGAUAAGCGAUGUAUAUUUUUAUUUUUAGAGUAUUUAAAAUAGUGACUCCAAACUCACCUCCCGAGCAGUAUGUACGUAUAGCUAGAACUGAAAUUGCACUAAGCAUGUUAUGAGUAGGUCUAUAUAUCUAAGAGUUUUAUUUAUAUUAUGAUUAAGUUUAGAUCGUGUUACAAUUUGAUCUAUUGAAUAAUCUAUGACUAUGACAAUAUUUCGUGCAGGUACUUUACCAUCUUCUAAACUUUAUUCAAAUACAAAUGUCCUAUAAUGUAAACAAAAGCUCACUUUAUAAUUCUACUAUACAACUAAUCUUAAGAAUACCUAAAACAAUUAGUUUAUGUUUAUAUUCUAGGACAUUAAUAUUGGAAUAGGUUUUAAUUGUAACUUUUUUGUAUAGUUUUUGUCGAUAAUGUGUAGCAGAAGAAUUCAGUGCCUAGUCGUUUCCUAAAGCAAUUACUCGUAUGUAUAUGUUUGUGUCAAACUUUCUGAACUUAGGAAAUGUUUGUAAAUGUUUUCGCAGGAGUAUUUGAUAAAAAACCUAAGGAAGAACAUGUAUAACUUGUCCUGGUAAACGAAGACUAUCUAGUAAGCAAUAGGUAUGCAAAAAAAAAUGUGACUCGUGCCAGUCAUUUGGCUCUACAGGUUUACUAAAUAUUUACCUUUCUGUAUAUCUUGUAAUAUUUACCUAUGUUCAACUAUAAGUUAAUAUUGUUUACUAUAAGUCUUGUACUCUUCAAUAAUUUUUGAAGUAAGCCUACCUAUGAGACGUCACAUUGUCAAGAAACUAGGACUAAGUUAGUUAAGAACUUAUUAGAUAAACAAUAUUGCAAAAUCAUUUAUGCACAUUCCUAAGGACUUCCUAAGUGUCCUUUAAUUUUUGAGCUGUUUACAGGAAAAUUUUCAUGAACUUACCUCGGUCAAUGCAAGUACAGCAAAUUACAAAAUUCCGUCAAUUUUAUUAUAAUACCUAAUCGUUAUUUGUUGACGAUUGCAGGAAGACUGAUUUUCCUAAAAAUAUUCUGAGCUUCGGUCACUUUAUUUGAUCUAUUGUUGCUAUUAAACUGCCUAACAUCAUGAGCCUAACGACAUAAUCAUCCUAAAAUUCAAUCAAAAGCUUUUACUACAUUUCAUUCAAAGACGUUAAACGCGUAGAUAAUAUCCAAAAAUAAAGUAUAAAUUGCUUAAAUAAAUGAAAUAUUUAUAAAUAACAAACUUACAUCUACAAGCGUUGAAUUCGUUGUAUAUGUUGUGUCAUAUUAAUUUAUUAUCUAAAUAUAAAAUUGUUGUUUAAUAUGAUAGUUUCUAUGAUACAUUCGGUGUGAUCGACACAUUUGUUCACGUUGUACCUAAAUUUUAUGUGCAGUAGACUUGACUCGCGAUAUAAGUAAUACAUAAUGAUCUACAUCAUCUACAUAUAUACACAAAUUGUUACGUUACUUAACACUGAUGUUUCGGCCUCUAAUAAAGGUAAUUUAUAAACAA